AUGGCCGACGAAGCGACCCCGCUCCUGCGCGACCCCGACUCAAAAGACGACCAGAUCGUCGCUUACACCGAGCCCAUCGAGGCCAAUGCCUCCAGUCGCGCUUCGGAAGUGGGCGAUCCAGAAGGCAGCCCCGCGGAGGAGGAAGUCUUGAAGCCCAAGGCGUCCAUCAGAGCCGUCAUGGUCCCCAUGAUGCUGGGCAUCUUCCUCGUCGCCAUGGACCAGACCAUCGUCACCGCCACCUACGCCUCCAUCGGUUCCCAGUUCGAGUCCCUCCAGAACACCAGCUGGAUCGCCACCGGGUACAUGCUCACCCUCACCAGCUUCCAGCCGCUCUACGGCAAGCUGAGCGACAUCUUCGGCCGGAAAGCGUGCCUCAUCUUCGCAUACGCCGUCUUCGCCCUCGGCUCCCUCUUCUGCGGGCUCGCGCGCAGCAUGCCACAGCUCAUCGUCGCCCGCGCCGUCGCCGGCAUCGGUGGCGGGGGCAUGUCGACCGUCGCGACUAUCAUCAUGUCCGACGUCGUACCGCUGAGGAAGCGCGGGACGUGGCAAGGAAUCGCAAACAUCGCGUUCGCCUCGGGCUCCGCGACCGGCGCGCCCCUCGGCGGUGUCCUCGCAGACACGAUCGGCUGGAGAUGGGCGUUCCUGCUGCAAGUCCCGCUGACCGUCCUCGCCAUCCUCUCCGUCGCGCUCGGGCUGCGCCUCCCGCGGGCCGACAACGCGGCCUUCCGCGCGAAGCUGCGCCGCGUCGACUUUGGGGGCGCCUUCACCCUCGUCCUCGCCGUCUUCGCGCUGCUGCUCGCGCUCGACCGCGGCGCGAACGCCGCGUGGCGCGCGCCGCUCACGCUCUGCGCCUUCGCCGUCUCCGCCCUCGCCUUCGCGCUCUUCGCGCUCGUCGAGACGCGCGUGGCGGCGGAGCCGCUCGCGCCGCGGCACAUCGUGGCGAGCGGGGCGCUGCUCGCGAGCUACCUGUGCAACCUGCUCGUGAACGGGGUGUUCUUCGUGAUCACGUUCCACGUGCCGCUGUUCCUGCAGGCGGUGCGGGGGCUCGGCGCGGCGCGCGCGGGGGCGGCGCUGAUACCGUGCAUCGCGGGCGGCGUGAGCGCGAGCGUGCUGAGCGGGCUGGUGAUGCAGGCGACCGGGCGGUAUUAUUGGCUGACGGUGGGCGCGUUUGGGGUGACGCUGGCGGGGGCGGUGUUGGUUGCGCUGGAGGCGGGGGCGGUGGGGUUCGAUAUGGUGUGGCUCUGCGUCGGUCUGUUUGCGAUGAACUUUGGAGGCGGUGCGAGCCUGACGACGACGCUCAUCGCGCUCAUCGCGAACGCCGGGCCGGCGGACCAGGCGGUCGCCACCGCCGUGUCCUACCUCUUCCGCUCGCUCGGCUCCGUCGUCUUCCUCUCGCUGGGCACGACCCUCUCGCAGGAGGUGCUCCGCGCGCGGCUGCGUGCGGGCCUCUCGGGGGCGGACGUCGACGAGAUUAUCGAGCACGUGCGCGCGUCGCUCGCGUACGUGGGCGAGCUCCCGCCGGCGGUGCGCGCGGUCGUGCGGGAGGCGUAUGCGGCGGGCGUGCAGGCUGCGCUGUGGUUCGCGGUCGGGCUCGCCGGGCUGGGGCUGGACCAUCCUGACCAGGACCAACUGGACAAUGUUGGAACCCUCACCAUCUCUUCCUUUUCAUCCAGUGCGGGGGGUGCACCGUCGUCGUCGGAUAUGGUGGGAUACGGCGAUCGGGGGCGAGACGAGUUCAGCGCGCGUAUAUGA